AUGUCGCAGAGCUGGUGUCUCUCAUUCAAAUCUCAGACCAAAAACAUCAAUCGAGGCCACAUGGAAGGCCCCAGACGUAUCCACAGGCUGUGUUAUCUUCCGUGCUUCCGUUAUCGAAUCGAAGUACGUCUGGUAUUCGGAGGAAGGUCAACUCACCAAGAAGUUCUGUAUAGAAGAAGGAUAUCAAAAAGUGGUGCCAGUGGACGAUCCGGAUGUGGAAUGUUGUGCAUGUGA